AUGGUUCCAUGGCGGCCUUCAGGUGUGGGACAGGGGAUGAGGGAUGUAAUGAAUAGUAAUCGGGAAAUCCAGGUGAUGAAAGACUGGAGAGAAACUGAAGGAGCUUCCGUUCACCAGGGUUUGGCUUCACCAACGGAGUACAAUAACCAGCGCGCAGAGUGGAGAGUCCCUAUCAGCCGCAAGCUAGAAGAGUUGUCUCAAGCUAUCAAGUCCUGCCAAGGCGACGAUUCAGCAACGACAACCCAAGAUGUGACUUGGAGAGGCGUGUUCGACUGCAUUGAAGAAGCGAAAAAGACCUACGAGAAGAAAGCUGAGGAUAAUCGCUUCAGAGGAUGGAUACGAAAAGGCGACGCAGCCAUAGGCAUCUUGGAACGGCUUUCCGACAUUAUACCUGACCAAGACGGCCUCAGCAUUCUCAGGACAGGCCUUGCGUUCAUAUUCCAGGCAUUUCAGAAGAGAAUCUCCAAUGUGGGAAACAUUCUGCAAGAACUUGACGAUGUUCCGGGGGUCCUGGCCAGCAUCUCCCAGAUCAGCGACGUCUAUCGCGGAGAGGUACGGCUGAAGAAUCUGGUCUGGGACUUUUAUGGAAUCCUAGUCGACUGCCUGACAGACUUGGUGUGCAUUUUGAAUCGAACAUACAAAGACGUUGGAGUUUUGAAGAAGAUUGUCAGACAAAUCCCCGAAGUCGAGGCGUCCAGAAUUGGCGACAUCUCCAAACGAAUCCGCAAUGCAAAAAUAACCGUCUUCGAAGCCACGGCUCACCUGGAUCGAAAUGUAUGGCAAGAGACCAAAGUCUCGGCACAAGCAGGGCGCAUUGCCGCCGAGGCCACACGUAAAACGGCUCACGACAUCAAAGCCGAGGUCGUGGAGUUGCGGCAGGAAACCAGCAGCGGACAUGACAAGCUCUCCUCUCAGAUACACGAGUUUCGUGUACAGAUGGCUGAUGUCGCGAACGAAAUGAGCGACGAGUUAGCUCAAACACGGAGAAGAAUCACGAAAGAUAGUGAAGAGAGGAAAGAGUUUGAGGCCAGUUUGCAGAGAAUCGUUAGUACUCUGCCUGCGUCGUUUCAUGAGCAGAUGCAAAAUGCUUUGUACCAGUUUGUGGCCGAUGCUGUUGUCCAGCGAAGCCUCUUUGCACUCCCUCCCAACUCCAUUUCCCCUCCUCCAACUCUGCAGCCCGUCAUACAGCAUACGCCGGUUUUGACUGAGGGCGACAUCCUCAACUUACUCCACGCGCCCGAUCCUGUCGCAGAUGCAGAGCGAAUACUGCGUAAAGAAAGCCUCAUGAGCGACGAAGCACUGGCGUAUGCUACGCUACUACGGCAAAAGCGGCAGUUCCAGGAGUGGCUGUCCUCCGAAUGGCCCGGCUUGGUGCUGGUUGACGGCUGCUGUCGAACAGAAAGCGUAGGAAGAACGUCUCCGUUGUCCUUCUUCACGGCAUCUUUCGCUUCUACGCUGCUGCAAAGUCAAAGCGGGAUGGUGCUGCAAUUCUUCUGCAGCCAUCAUACUGAUCCGCAGAAAGAGGGUGCCGGGCCCAAGGGGCUUUUACAGAGCAUCAUCAGCCAACUGCUUCUGUAUCCGAAACCGUACAGUUUCUCUCUUGACUUUGUUGAUCAAAGCUUGUACGAUGCUAUAGCAGCUAGCAACACCGAUGCACUCUGCUUUCUUUUUGAGCGAUUGUUCUGGCAGCUCCAGCCAACUACCACAGUCUACGUCCUCUUGGACAGCAUUUCAGACUUUGAGUCUAAUUUAAACGACUAUGGAGACAGAAUGGAUCGGGUCCUGGCUUCAUUUCAAGGACUCAUUAGGAACGUUCAGAGAGGAUAUGCCAUGGGGCCAAGACUGAAGCUCUUCAUGACGAGUCCCAAUAGGAGUCACCGACUGAUACAUCAUGUUGACCGGGCCAAAGAAAACAUUCGCCUCAACUCGGAGGGCCUGGGUGAAAGACCUGGUCAUGACAGAUCGUUAAGAGAGACACGUCGGGCCAGAUCACCGCUACCGCUUGGUUACUAGAUAUGUUAGAGCUCGG